AUGUCGGGUUUGGAGAUUUCAGGUGCGGUGUUUGCCGUUGUUGGUAUCGCUGGAGCUUUCAAGGGCGCAGUUGACUCGGCCUUAUUGAUUGAAUCUUUUUUCGACAUCGAAAAGUCUGGCUGUAGAGGCCUUGCACUCAGCUAUCAUGUCGAGAAGAUCAGAUUACAGUUAUGGGGCGAAUUAUGCCACGCAGACGACAACGGCACGCCGAUUCUCCAGAGUCAACCAGCCUACCUCAAAGAAGUAAUUGUGCGCAUCCUUGGCGAGAUCCGGAACGUCAAUGAGCAAGCCAAGCAGGUUGUAGACAAACAUAGUCUGCACUUACCUCCAUUGCCAGAUCUCACUCUUGACGACAACAUGCAGGUUGAGAAUGCGCUCCCUCGAGCGCUGGGAAAGGCGACCAUGCGGCCAAGCGCUCGAUUCCGAUGGACUAUCAAAGGAAAAGGCGAAUUCGAACAAAUCGUCGCCAAGCUGCGGCAGCUCGUCACUGAUUUGCACGCGCUGAGUCUUCACCCUGGAAACUCAGAUCUGCUCUCCAGAGCCUUGCCCCCUCGAGUAAUGGCAACCAUCCAGGACGCAGAUCAGCUUGCACUCAUCGAUAACAUCAACUUGCCAAACCACAGAGCAUUAGCUCUUACUGCACGCGCCAAAACACUCAUUUCACGCAAUUCGGAAAUCAAUCUCAACGGCUCUGCAACUAUAAUCAGGACGGAGAAACUCAGCGCAAAGGGCCAUUUCCUUCAUCAGGGAGAUAGCAUCAGGUCAGUGUGGAUAGAGUGGAACAUACUUGAUGACGAACCGGACUAUCACAAAUAUGCCCGAAUGAUAAGCAACCUGGGAUUUUUCCUCGAGCGUGUCGGCGAUCCAGCACUUCGACUACCACCCUGCUAUGGACUUUUUGAUGACCAAUCAUAUCUUGUAGAACACGGAAAGCGGCGACUUGGAUACGUUUUUGGCCUUCCAACGGCCGAGCACGACGCGCCGGCGACACUUGGCCGCAAUUGCUAUCAAGCUGACCUGGAACGCCAUCCUCCUCGCACUCUCGCUUCGCUAAUUCGAGACAAGUCUUUCCCCGUUCCUUUGUUAGGCCAUCGUUUCCAGCUGGCUUAUGCACUGGCAGUUGCGUUCAGUCAAUUCCAUGCGGCCGGGUGGCUACAUAAGGGACUUCACUCAGGCAACAUUGUCUUUUUCCAAUACGAGACGCCCGACACCCAGUCCGUGCCGGUGGAUAUUACAAAGCCCUUUGUUACUGGGUUCCAAUAUACGCGACCUCACACUGCCACCUCACAGGCUUACAGCCCGCUCGAUGAUAAGGAUCUCCAAUGUUACUACCACCCGGACGUAGCCAAGUCUGGGUUCUCACGCCGCCGAGAUUUGUACGGACUCGGGGUCAUACUUUGUGAGAUUGGUCGGUGGACGCUAGUUAACGAGUCAGCGCCUCCGAUCCGAAAUUCAUCCACGACAAGUAGCAGGAGUAAGAAUAGACCCAAAUUUUGGAGUUCUACGGAGUGGCGAGAUUUCAUGACUAAAAAGGUUGCUGUGGACCUUGGGUGGAGAAUGGGUGAUCGUUAUCGAGAUGUCGCCCAGGCACUGCUUCGAGACAGCCUCCCCGAUGACAAGACAUGUGAGGAGAUGCUCUGGGUCCAGCAGUUCAGGGAGAAAGUUGUUCAGCCCUUAAGCAUGUGCAGCGCUUGA